GCAGGGCAGCGCAGGGCAGGGCAGGGGCGCGCGAUGUCGCUCGGAGGCGGCCUGGUGCGCACCACUUGCAGCAGCGAGGGUGUUGCGGGGCCGGGCAGGAGCAGCUCGGAGGGGCCGCUGGACUCCGUGUACCCGCGCACCUACCCGGCCUUGAUGAAGGUGGCCCAGAUGGUCACGCUGCUCAUCGCCUUCAUCUGCGUGAGGAGCUCUGCAUGGACCAGCUACAGUGCCUACAGCUACUUCGAAGUGGUCACCAUCUGCAACCUCAUCAUGAUCCUCGCCUUUUACCUGGUGCAUCUCUUCCGCAUUUACCGUGUGCUCACCUGUAUCAGCUGGCCCUUGUCGGAACUGCUGCACUAUGUGAUUGGUACCCUGCUCCUCCUCAUCGCCUCCAUCGUGGCUGCCUCCAAGAGCUACAGCCAGAGUGGCCUGGUCGCCGGCGCGAUUUUUGGGUUCGUGGCCACCUUCCUGUGCAUGGCAAGCGUCUGGAUGUUUUACAAGAUCUCGUGUGUCACUCAGUCUACAGGACCAGACUAUGGUAUCUGGAGCCAAACCACAGGAAUAAGCCUGUCUGACAGGAAGGAUGCAAAGAUAACUGGACCCAAGCUGCUGCCCUAG